AUGACAGGGAAGAAAGUGAAGGAAAACCCGUGGGUUAAUAAGCCUUACAUUAAGAUAGACUUCAAGGAGGAAGAUCAAGUAUUAAUUGAAGAUGGAUUAGCAGUAAAUAUGUGUGAGGAGUUGGAAGUGGAAAAUUCUAAUAAACUCUUAAACUCAUUGGUGAUUAAAGUGUUUGGUAAGGAAAUUCUAGCUCACAUGGUAGCAUGGGAAGUAAGGAGACAAUGGAGCAUGUUUGGUAAAUUUCAUUUCACUUCACUUGUAAAGGGAUGGUUUUUAUUUGCACUCGGUUCUACUGAUUCUAUGGAAGCUAUUCUAUCUGGUGGACCAUGGUUUGUAAAUGGCAAUAUAAUUAGUAUGGAGAAAUGGUCACCAGAAUUUUCACCUUUGUCAAUGAAAGGGUUGACUUCACCAAUUUGGGUUAGAAUGCCACAUCUACCUCUCCAUUGUUGGGAUGAGAAGAACAUAGCAAGAAUUGCUUCUAUGAUUGGCAAGCCACUUAUGAUGGAUGGGAAUAUAUUUCAAUGGGGAAGAAGGGAGUUUGUAAGGGUGUGUGUGAGGAUAAAGAUUGAUCAAUGCCUUCCUUUAGGUGUUUGGGUGGAAAGUAUCUCGGGAAGGUUUUUUCAAAAGGUUGAAUAUGAAAAAAUUUCUUCCUUUUGUUUUCAAUGUGGUAUGAUUGGACAUGUUAAAGGUGAAUGUAUAAAAAAAACUUUAGUCCAGGAAAAUGUGAAGGUGUCUAACUUUAAUGAUGGCUUGGCUUCUGAAUCGGAGAAGAGGACUGAGGAAGUUGUGGCACCGAAUUAUGGACAAUGGUUUCUUGUCAAUCACAAGAGGAAUAGAAGGAAAGCAAAAAUAAAUAAUCUCCCAAAACAGAACGUAAAGUAUGUGAAGAAAAAUCCUAUGCUCCAGAAUAACAAAGAUGCUGAGAAGUCUAGUGACCAGAAGGAUUUAUCUGUUCAAGGAAAUGGGAUCGAGAAUCUUGUGAAUGCAGAUGAAACUCAACUAGAAGAAGGAGAAUUCGUAAGGGAGCAAAAUCAUGUAAAUAACAUCCACCUAGACUUGAAUGGGAAGACAGAUGAAAUGGUUGCUACUAAAGUUCGGAAACCUGAAGCUGUUCUGAGUAAAAAACUUAACUCUGACUGCUCCAUUCUAGUUACGAACUGUAACAAAUUUGAAAUUAUGGGUAUGGAUAAUGAAAUCUUAAUGGAAGAAGAAGUGCAGGAGAGGAAUGUGGUGAAUGAUAAGAGUUUAUUUAUUAACUCUUUGGUGGGUAUAAAGUUGAAUGAAAGUGUAAAUGAAACAGAGGAUAAUGUUUGUGACAGAACGGAUUUCAAAUAUUCUAAAUCAAAUGCUGUAAAUGGUGACUCAAACAAAGUUAUGCUUGCCAAAGAACUUAUGUCCUUAGGACCUAUAAAAAUGCAGCUCGUGGAAGAAUAA